UGACGCCGGCAUUAAUAUCCGUUCUCUUCAGUGUAAACGGAAGUGAACAGUGACCAGGAAAAUGUCCACGUUAGCGGUUUAUUGUCGUUUAUUAUCACCAUGGAAUUCAAAAUAUGACUAAUUUAACUUCCCAGCAUUACAUAUUCAACACAUGUAGUCUUUAAUUCGCUUUAGAGAAAAUACUUCUUCGAUAUACAUUAUCUAGGUAACGCUAGCUAGCUGCUAACAAUGGCUAACUGUAUGGUUUUUCACACUCAAAUAGCCUCCAUCAUGGAGGUUCUAGCGAAUGCAGCCGUGGCCGAUAUCUGUAAACUCGUAGACGACGACUAUGCAGUGUUUCGUUUGGAAAUAACUCAAAGCCAGAAAGAAAAUAGGGCAUUGCGGAGGAAACUACAGCUACUGGAACUGAAGACCGCACGAGAGCGCGUCCUCGUCAGUCGUCCCAGUAGUGUCAAGAUCCUCGACCGAUACAGAGCAAUCGCAAGAGGUGAAGGAAAUCUCACUGGAGGCUACAGGAGCUUUGUGAAGCCAGCGGGACACAAUACAUGGAGAGAUGACCAACCAAUCACAGUUGAUGAGGGGAGUGGAACCUCAACCCAGCAUGUUAUCAUGAUAGAGUCUGCAGAGGCUGCAGGUCCUGGGGUCAAGCUGGAUAAGUCUGAAGACGAGGAAGACCCACGGCACAGCAGAGACAUUCAGACUGGAGGGGCUGGAGCGCCCCCUGUAGCCAUGGAGGACCCCACCCCAGCGCAGCCCAGGACCCGACACAGCAUCACGGAGGUCAGUGGAACGCUGAACACCGUCCUCAAGUCAGAGACCGACACAGAGACUGUAACUGUAACACAAAGGAUUUUACACACAGGAUCUGACCAUAGGUCAGACCCGGAGCGACUGGGGCUGGGGGGACUGGGGUGUCCUCCUGCUCCAAGCUCAGAAUAUUUACUUUACGGUAACCCGAGCCAGAGGACGGUUCAUUCCAAUCCCGAUUCAGGUGAUGUGUUAAUUGCUGGCGAUGAUCCGUGUUGUUCUUACACUACAGAGAUGGACCCUGGCAACAUGCCCUUGGGUUUAGAGAGACAGACUGAUCUGUCUAGAGGGGACUGGAAGCGGUACAGUAGUAGUGUGUACUCUGAAGGAUGCCUUGAUAAGAAAGGGGAGGGUCUGGUCGGAGAUGAAGUGACUGUGAAAGUGGAGGGCGACGUUCCUCCCACAUGGAAUGCAGAUAGUCACCUAGGCGAAGGACAUUCACAGGGCAUAGAUUUCUUAGAUUACAGGGAAAGGUUAGUGUCCACGUCGAUGGGCCCUUCCGAUUCACACGGGUGUAUGCUUUUCGAUCAGUUAUUGAACUCAAAUGACAGGACUAGAGCCCAGGCUCGGGGAGGGGGAGAAACAUCAGGCAAUGUUAAAGAGAAACGGUUCCUCUGCAUGUUCUGCAACAAAGGCUUCAGCUGCGCCCAGAAGGUGGAGAUCCACCAGAGGGUCCACACAGGAGAGAAACCAUACAGCUGCCCCCAGUGUCACAUGCGCUUCGCCCAAUCUGGCAGCCUGAAGAGGCACCAGAAGGUCCACACAGGGGAGAAACCCUUCAGCUGCUCCCAGUGUGAUAAGAGGUUCUCCCGCCAGCACCUGCUGAAGACGCAUCUGAAAGUCCACACAGGAGAGAGGCCGUUCGCCUGUACACACUGUGGGAAGAGGUUUUCAGAGAGGCGCUACCUCAAGAUACACCAGAAGAAAAACCAUUCCACUCUAUAGCUUCUGACUUGUUGAUCACCUGCAUUAAAAACAAACAUUGAUUGCCAUUGUUGUCAAGAGAAAAGAUCCACAGAUGCAUUUGGAAUAACAAGAGUAACAGAUUUCAGUGUUGAAUAUUCAACACUACGUAAAGGUAGACGAAGCAAGAUUAUGUAGAUCCGGGUUCCCCAACUGGCGGGUGAGUUUUCUGAGCAAUUAAAACUAAUACAUUCGUAUAUGUUUUUUAUUGUUGGACAUAAAACACCAGCAAAUUAAGUAUUCCCACGCCUAAUGGAAAGAUAUAUGUGAUCAUAUACAAAUUUAAGCAAGAUUUGAAAUUCUUACAGUGGGGCAAAAAAGUAUUUAGUCAGCCACCAAUUGUGCAAGUUCUCCCACUUAAAAAGAUGAGAGUCCUGUAAUUUUCAU